AUGGACGACGCGAUCAUUUGGCCUUACGACAAAUCAAAAAGGUACACUGUUAAAUCCUUUUACAAAAUUCUGAAUCUGUAUUCUAGGGGCUCUGAGCUGGCCGAACAUAGGAAGAUUGGGUUGGGAUUCGUUUGGGGGGCAACCGUUCCCUCUAAAGUGAAAUUCUUUGGCUGGAGGCUACUGAUGGAUAGGCUGCCAACAAGAAAACAACUCCGUAAGCGAGGUAUUAUCUUACAGCAGCAGGACGCCGUAUGUGUUUUCUGUCAUUUGGAAGAGGAGGACAUUAAUCACUUAAUGCUGAGUUGCGCCACCUUGAAACCGUUGUGGAGGAAGAUAUGUUCAUGGCUAGAAUUAGACAUGCCCACAAAUCUCGAUUGCUGCAGUCAUAUGCUCUCUUGCAUUGAGAAAAUGUCAGGAAAAAUGGCCAGGAAUAGGGCGGGUGCUGUCUGGUUAACAAUUUGUUGGGGAAUUUGGAAGUACCGUAAUGAUAUUGUUUUCAACAAUGCGGUAGUCGACAUUGAUGAACUGUUCGUGUUGAUUAUCUUUUCGUCUUGGUGGUGGUUAGCAAUUGACUCUAGGGAUAGAAUAUUGAGUAGUUUUUAUGAUUGGUUUCACAAUCCUUUUUUGUGCUUGUGA